CUUGGCUGUGCUGAUCAUAGCUCUACCAAAUUUUUCAUCCUAGGUCCGGUUCAUUUUGCUUGCAUCACAAGCAAAGGAAAAAAAAAGUGCUCAAGGUUCAACCCUAGACCUUGACUUUUACCUAGGGUAAAGAGAAAAAGAAUGGAGGUGGGUAAGGUAGUUUUGAUAUUUGUAAUUGCAUUUGCCUCAAUCAUCCCAAGCUUGAAAGGAAAUAUUGCAGAAUAUGAUGAGGUUUGGCAGAAAAGAGCUGAAAAUUCCAAGAAAGCUAUGAUGGAUGCUUAUGUACCCAAUCCAUUAGAAGUCACUGAAGAACUCAACCAAUUAAACAAUGCGAACAAGAAAAGCAACACAACUAGCCUAGAAGAAAUCAAAUCUGAUGACGACGAGGACGAAGAUAAUGAAAAAUAUAACACUGAUGAUGACAAGGACGACAAGGACGACGAUGAUAAAAAAGACGACGAGGGUGAUGACAAAGAAGACGACGAUGAUGAAGAAGAAGAUGACAAGUCGAAUGGAGCAAAGGGCAACACGACUCAUGAAUCAGAAUCCGAAACAGGAUCAUCAAACAGCACAAGAAGAAACCUAAGACAAGGAAAAAGAAAAUACAAAGGUCCAUGUCAUACAACGAACCCCAUCGACCGAUGCUGGAGAUGUAAGAAAAACUGGGCUGCAAACCGAAAAGGAUUAGCGAAAUGUGCACUCGGAUUCGGUCGUAAAACCACCGGAGGAAAAGCCGGAAAGAUCUACAUUGUUACUAAGAAUACCGAUGAUGAUACAGUAAACCCUAAACCCGGAACUUUAAGACAUGCCGUUAUUCAAAAAGAGCCGUUAUGGAUCGUUUUCGCACGAGACAUGAACAUCAAAUUACAAAAAGAACUUAUUAUUAACAACGAUAAGACAAUCGAUGGUCGCGGAGCUAAUGUUCAUAUUGCUUAUGGUGCUGGUAUUAUGAUACAGUAUGUGAAGAAUGUGAUCAUUCAUGGGUUACAUAUUCAUCAUAUUACAGCUGCUAGUGGUGGCCUUAUUAGAGACUCACCGAGUCAUUUCGGAUUAAGAACUAAUAGUGAUGGUGAUGGUAUCUCAAUCUUUGGUUCAACCAAUGUUUGGAUUGAUCAUGUUUCUAUGUCUCGUUGCCAAGACGGCCUUAUCGAUGCUAUUCAGGGAUCCACCGGUAUCACCAUUUCUAAUUCUCACUUCACCCACCAUAAUGAUGUGAUAUUGUUGGGAGCAAGUGAUAGCUUUUCAGGAGAUCAAUUUAUGCAAGUAACACUUGCAUACAAUCAUUUUGGUCAAGGAUUAGUUCAAAGAAUGCCAAGAUGCAGAUGGGGUUUCUUCCAUGUUGUUAACAAUGACUACACUAACUGGUUGAUGUAUGCCAUUGGUGGUAGCAUGCAUCCUACCAUUAUUAGUCAGGGUAACCGAUUUAUCGCCCCCGAUAAUAAAGCUCUCAAAGAGAUAACUAAAAGAGAUUAUGCCUCAGAAGCUGAAUGGAAAAACUGGAUAUGGAGAUCAGAAGGUGAUCUUCUAAUGAAUGGAGCAUUCUAUGUUCAGUCUGGAAACCCUAAUUUGAGGAUGAAACCAAGCAAGAAGUAUAUAAUUAAAGCCAAGCCUGGAAUUUAUGCUACAAGAAUGACACGUAAUGCAGGUGCACUUAACUGCAAAAGAGGCAAAAAAUGUUAGAUAUUUACUAGCUAAUAAUCUCUCAAAUUACAAAUUUAUUGCAUUUAUCAAUGGAGCUUGAAGUGAAGAAAUAGUCAUGUUUUAGGGUUUGAGAAGCUAUAAAGGAAAUAUGUGAAUGAUAUCAAGUUAUUCAUCUUAAUUUUGUUUUUUUUUUUCCUUUUUAUUUUUGAUUUUUGGGAAAAGAAAAGUAGAUGGGAAAUUAGAUAUGGGAAUGGGAAAGAAUUUAAAAAUCCAAAAAUUUUGUUGCCCAUUAUUUUUCUCUUGUUUUUGUUUUGAUUACUAUUGUGUAUUAACAUGUUUUAACCAUGCUUUGAA